CAUGAUGAUCUUUUAUUGACCAGUCAUGCAUCGGAUAAUGAACUCACAGGCAAGAUACCUCACUUCAUAGGAAGUUGGUCAAAUCUUACUACCUUGGUUAUGCAAGGGAACUCUUUUCAAGGGCCUAUACCAUCAACCUUAGCAAAUCUAACUUCUUUACGACAAUUGCUGUUGAGUGAUAUUUCUAAUACAAGUUUUUCUCUUGCAUUUAUCACCAAUAUGAAGUCUCUUGUAACUUUAGAACUGAGAAACAAUGAUAUCACUGGCACAAUUCCAUCGAGUAUUGGCAAACUCACACAAUUGGAACGUCUGGAUUUGAGCUUUAACAAGUUAAAUGGACCGAUUCCAGACUCUCUUUUCAACAUUGAUUCACUUAUUUAUUUGUUUCUUGGAAACAAUAGUCUAAAUGGUACCUUGCCUUGGAAAAACAGUUCAUCUCUUCUCAACAUAGAUCUAUCAUACAAUAAUUUUGCAGGAAGCAUUCCUUCUUGGGUUAACGAUCAACAGAAUUUACAGAUUAACUUGGUUGGCAACAAUUUUACUAUAGAUAAUUCAGACAACAGUUUUCUUUUAGGUUUGGACUGCCUUCAAAGAAAUUUUCCAUGUAAUCGAGAUCGACCCCUCUAUUCUGACUUUGCAAUCAACUGUGGUGGUGAACAAAUUACAUCUUCUGAUGGUGGUGUGUAUGAGAAAGAUGAUGAGACUCUUGGUUCAGCUACUCAUUUUGUUACCCGCUCUAAAAGAUGGGCAGUAAGCAAUGUUGGACGCGUCCUUUGGAAUGACAGUGAUACCUUUAUAAGUACUUCAUCAUCUCAAUUCAUAAGUACUUUAGACUCGGAAUUAUUCGAGACUGCAAGGCUUUCUCCUUCAUCAUUGAGAUACUAUGGUCUGGGGCUUCAGAAUGGCAACUACACUGUCAAACUCUACUUUGCAGAAACUGCUUUUGAAAAUUAUCACACCUGGAAAAGUCUAGGCAAACGUAUAUUUGAUAUUUAUAUCCAAGGAAACCGUGUAAUGCAAAACUUUGAUAUCAGAAAAGAGGCAGGUGGAAUCUCUUUCAAGGCGGUCCAGAAGGAAUUUAAGGCUGUGGUCUCACAGAACUACCUUGAAAUCCAUCUGUUUUGGGCUGGAAAAGGAACUUGUUGCAUACCAGCAAAUGGUAAUUAUGGACCUUCCAUUUCAGCAAUCAGUGCUACUCAAGAUUUCACACCUACUGUCAGUAACAAUAAGAAGAGCAGAACUAGUCUGAUUGCGGGGAUCACUGUUGGGGUCGUCAUUUUAAGCUUUAUGUCAAUUUUAGUGGCCUUCUAUCUUAUUCAGAGAAGAAAAAAGUCACAAAUGAAUGAUGAUGACGACGAGUUUUUAGGGAUGGAUGUUAAACCAUUGACUUUCCGUUAUGCUGAACUUAAGACCGCGACAAAUGAUUUUGAUUCUUCAAAUAAGUUGGGAGAAGGAGGAUUUGGACCUGUUUACAAGGGAACACUUGAAGAUGGAAGAGUUAUUGCAGUGAAGCAAUUGUCUUUGACUUCUAAGCAAGGAAAGAGCCAAUUUGUGGCUGAAAUCGCCACAAUAUCUGCUGUGCAACAUCGUAACCUCGUCAAGUUAUAUGGCUGUUGUAUUGAGGGAGAUAAAAGGCUUCUUGUUUAUGAGUAUUUGGAAAAUAAGAGCCUUGAUCAAGCACUGUAUGGUAACCAGAGCUUGAAUUUGAAUUGGUCAACGCGGUUUGACAUUUGCUUAGGCAUAGCAAGAGGUCUAGCUUACCUACAUGAGGAAUCACGAGUUCGAAUUGUGCACAGGGAUGUCAAAUCCAGUAACAUUCUUCUUGACUCUAAUUUCACUCCCAAAAUAUCAGACUUUGGUUUGGCCAAAUUGUAUGAAGAUCAAAAGACUCAUAUAAGUACAGCAGGAGUUGCAGGAACUAUUGGUUAUCUUGCACCUGAAUAUGCCAUGCUUGGUCACCUUACUGAGAAAACAGAUGUCUUUGCUUUUGGAGUUGUGGCAUUAGAAAUUCUUACCGGCAGAACAAAUUCUGACCCGGACUUAGGUGAAGAGAAGGCAUAUCUUCUUGAAUGGGCUUGGAAUCUACAUGAAGAAGGCCGUGAAAUCGAACUGGUGGAUUCAAAACUAUCAGAAUUCAUUGAGCAAGAAGUGAGAAGAAUCAUACAAGUAGCUUUUUUAUGCACUCGAACAUCACCUACAGCUCGUCCAUCAAUGUCGAAAGUGGUAACAAUGCUUUCAUCAGUAGAUACUGAUGUGGAUACUGAAUAUCACCUACAGCUCGUCCAUCAAUUGACUGGAAAUACAACGAUGUCAGCAGCCUAAUGAGUCGAAUUGCACAAGGGACUGAUCCUAGUACAAGCAUGAAGGCAGAUGGUUAGUGCAUGAUGAAGUUGAUAAAACAUGGCUAGUGUUUGUUUUGCUAUGGUAGUGCAAGUCAUGUCUAAUAUGAUAGAAAAAUCAGGGCAUGUCAACAUAUGCACCUUGUCAUGUAUCCAUGUUUAGAAUCUAGAGUAUGGCUUUUAUGAACAGUUUUCAAGUACAAACCUACAUAUUGUGGUACAUGAGUCCAUUGUUUCUUACCCAUCGCUAGAGUUUACAACUCGC